AUGUUCCUCCAGCGCUACGUGCACGUAGUCCUAGAUGCCUUUCUAGGUAGCUACGUCAAGAAUAUUGAUCCGGCAGCACUACAGAUUAGCGUAUGGAACGGUAAGAUUGAGGUGGCGGCUGUGGAGCUGCAACCUGAUGCAAUCCCUCUGCCUAAGCAGCUGCGUCUUGUCAAGGGCACGUUGCGCCAGCUCUGUAUAGAAUUGCCAUGGACAAAUCUGGCCAACCAGCCUAUACGCGUAGACAUUAAAGACGUUAGUCUGCUACUUGAGGUUUGCGCUGACGAUCGUGCAGCCUCCGAUAGCGAUGUGAUACCCAACCAGCAGCGUCGCCAAUUAUUGCUACGCAAGCGAGCGGCACUCGAUGCCAUGGAGAAGGCUGCUGAGCUUAAUGAAAGAAAUAAAUCUCAAGCAGUGUUUGCUGUUUAA